AUGCUGAGGAACCCUCGAUGUAAACAACAGCGGGGCUUAGAGCGCAUUUGCAGGCUUGAAGAACCCUCUCACGAGCCCCUUAUACCGUCAAAGAAGACCAUGGAGUGGGCCAGAAUCGCUGAUGUACCGACUUCUCUCGAUGCUGCGCGCGCAGACGCACCCUCGCAGCGCGCUAACGCGGAGCACGUUCCCACAGCCUCCCCUGCGCCAUGCGCCUGCUUGCCAGUUGCGAAGGGCCUGUCUUCACAAGCUGCUCUUGCAGCACCAACAACAUACUCGGCCGGCUGCGCGCAGCAGUACUACCGGACCCCUGCUCGGACCGACCAGCAGCCAGGCGAAGGUGAUGCACCCGCAGCCGAAGCAAGCUCCUCGGGCGCAGGGCUGGCUGCGGUUCCGGAGCUGCCUUCACCUCCCAGGGAUCAAGCUGAUAUUACUCUUGCAGCAAACUGUCGGUCUUCCGGGCACGGCAAUGCACGCGAUAGCUCGCCACAGCAGCCUGCGGGGCAUCUCGAAGGCGGCGCCGUGGCAGCAGGAGCAGCUGAUGGCGCCGAAGACAUGGACGGCGCUGCGCCACCCGCCGGCGGCACGCCUUCAGCAGAUCCCAUGGAUAUCUCCCCUUCAGACCGGCCCUUACGACCCGCGGCAACCACGGCGGCGGAGGCCGGGGCCAUUAACGAGGCUGGAGACGCUGCAACCGCGUCCAUGCCGGUGCUCGCGCAUGCGCACAAGGCGCCGGAUGAUUCCAAUGCAACUACCGCAACAACCGCAACCGUUGCCGCCGCUGCACCUCCUGCGACAGCAACCAUCGCAGCCGGAAGCGGUGAAGGAGCUGGGGGCCCCCUGGGGGAAACAGCCGCUGGGAAGGAGGACGCGCCGCGCCCGUCCAAGCGGCGCCGUACGGGCUCGUCUAAUGGUGCCAUGAUGAAGGAGCUCAAGGGGCUCCUUGAGAGCAGCAUGUACGACGUGCCCAGCGGCCGAUCACGACAGGCGUCACGGGCGGCGUCAACGCCGCCGCCAGCGAUGCUUGCGGCCGCAGCUGCCGUGCGGCAGGCGCUGCCGACGGCAGCGUUGGCGGCGCAGGUGCCGGCAGAGGUGAUUGCUGCGGCCACGGCCGCUUUUGCGGCACCGCCGGCGCCACGCGUGGCGGCGCUAGCCGCCGCGGCCGCCGUGUCGAGCACCCUGGCCUCAGGCAAGCGACCGGUAACUCGGAAAUCCGACGCUGCCGCGACGGCGGCGGCGGCGACGGCGACAGGCCUCGUUGCGGCUACAGAUGCCGCGGUAUCAAUUCUUGAAAAUGGCGCCUCGGCUCCAGCGGCGGGGGCAGACACGGACGGCCCAACGACGGCAGUAGCCCCUGCAGCUGGUAAUGGUAAUGGGAGCAGGCGGCAACGCGACAACAGGAACACUUCCGCGCGCAAGCCUUCAACGGUAUAUGGUGUCGGUACCGAUGGCGGCGGCAGUGGUGGCGGUAGGGGUGCCUCCGCAGCCGUUGUCGCAGGCGGCAGUAGUACAACCGCAUUGAAGCCUGUCGUGCCGGCCUCCGCUCAAGGGGCCGCGGGAGGAGGCUCCAAGUCGAAGACUAGGGGCGGGGGGGGGAGUGGCGGCGGCGGCGGCACCGUUGCGUCCAACAACGCUGUGCCCGGGUUGGCCUCAGGUAGACCGAGCCGCGCCAAAGGAGGGAGCGCCGCUGGCUGCGGAGCCGGCGGUGCUGGCGGCGCCGGGGCUGCUGCGGCCUCAGCGGCGGCGGCGCCGAGUGCCACCAAGGCCACGGGAACACUUCCUGCGGGUAAAGCCGGCGGAGCAGCUCCCGUCGGCAAAGCCGUUGGCCCCGCCCCCGCUGGCACUGUGGUCGCAGGGAUCACGCCAGCGGCCGCGGCUGCGGCCUCCGCCGCCGCCGCUGACGGCCGCAUCAGCCUCGCUGGUCUCGGCUGCGGUCUGAACCAGUAUACGUACUACCCUCUUCGAGGCAGCAACAUCAUGACGUUCUACCCAGGAGCCAUAGUCGUGGCGCAUGUGGGUCGGUUGCCCAACAUGCGCCGACCCAACGACCCUGCCGUACCGGGUGUCGCCUGCGUGCCGCCAGUGCCGCUGCUGCGGCUAUCGCCGGACGUGCCGCCAGCGGCUGCGCCGCCACCCCGUGGUCGGCCGCUGUACCUUCCGGGCCGCCGCCGCCGCGACGGCGAGAACGGCGGCGCCGCCACUGUAGCUGGAGGCGACGAGUUGGACGAUCUGGGUUUGAAAGUGGCUGCAAAGGCUGCGGCAUCCGGUGAAGACGGGAUCCCCCCUUCGGGGGCGGGUAAGGUGUGCGGCGGCGCGAACGACGCAGAUGACCUCAAACAGGAGGGGCAGGUCGCGGGGCUGACGAUCGCGAUCAAGCCGGACAUCAAGACGGAAGAUGCGGAGGCCUGCGGUGUCGCUGCGGCGAUGGCUUCAGUGGCCGCGGAGGCUGUUGCGACCCGCAAGGUGUCCCAGGAGCAGGUCAUGGAGGGCGCCAUGGCGGAGAUGGAUGAUGCGUAUUACCAGGCGAUAUACGACGCGGAAAUGGCGGAGCAGGCGGCCAUUGGGACGGAAGCUUCGGAUGGGGAGGUGGCGGAGGAGGUGGAGGUGGUGAAGCAGGGAGAGGAGCAUGAGGAGAAGGCUUGGGACGAGGAGGGCGGUGAAGCGGACGAUGAAAACGACAUUGGCGUGUUUCGGUCCGUGGACGGGCGUAGGCCGCUGCAGCGGCACCUGUACGGGCUGCUGGCGGCGGCGCCGGCAGGCGCCGCGAGUGGUGACGGCGGCAGCAGCGGCGGCUCCGCCGCAAAUGCCCGGCGGGGCAGCAAUGUCCCUGGAUGCGGCGGCGGCGGCGGCGGCGUCCCAUGCGGCGGUGCUCUGAGCACAGCGGGCUGUUCGCAGGUGAUCCCCUCCUUCGCCUUCUCCCGCCGCCUGACGGCCCCAAGAUUGUACUGGAGCUCCCAAUACCAGGCCCAAGUCCCGCCGCCGCCACCGGGGGGUAGUGAGGCCGCGGCGGCGGUGCUGCGGCGGCGGCCGCCGAGCCCCGCCGCGCUGUCGCGCAUGGGCGUUCCGCUGCACUCGGCACAGCCGCUCAGCGCCGCGGCCGCAGCCGUAGCCGCCAGGACCGCCGCCGAGGCAGCGGAGGCGGUCCAAGCCGCAAGGGCCGCGCUGGGCUAUACGGCCGGGACGCCAGGCGAGGCGGCGGCGACAACGACAGCUGGUCGGCCCGCCACCGCCGCCGCCGCCGCCACGGGCAAAUCGAGACCUGCGGCGCCGUCAUCCAGACAGCGACGUUCGCAGCAACGUGUCGUCAAGAUGGAGGUGGACGAGCCGAAAUUGGACGAGCAGGGCGGCAGUGGCGAGCCAUCGGACGAGCAGAUGGACGAGCGAGCGGGUGGGGCCUCACCCGGGCUGGGCCCCCCAGUGCCGCGAGGCGAAGGGUGUGCGGAGGACCCGUCAUGCGGUCAUGGGGUUCAGGGCCCCGGCGGGGGGCCCCAGGCGCAGCCACGUCAGCAGGUACCGGUACAAGAUCAUGCGCAGGGAGCGCAGAUGCGAAUGCAGGGUGAUACGGCUGAAGUGGGGGCGGCACCUCCGGAUUCGGAUCGGGAGGCGAGCCCAGGUCGGAGUUCAGGGAAGAGACCAGUAAUCGACACGGAGCGACAAGAUGAACAAGACGGACAGCAACACCCGAGCCAGCAGCAGCAGGAGCAACAUGUGGGGGUUGAGGCAGAGAAGCAGCAGGAGCAGAAAGAGCAACAAGGACAAGAACAACGACGACAGCAGCAGGAUCGGAAGCAAGCACUGCGGCAGCCCCACCACCGGGAGACACAGAAGCAGCACAAGCAGCAAGAAGCCCGGGAGCAGGAGCAGGAGAAAGUGAUAUUGUUCCCGGCGGACGGUGGACUGCUGGGUGGGGGGGUCCGGCGGCAGCUGGCGGCGGCCCCCGACAUGGCCCGCAGGCAUGUGGUUAUGGACGCGGCUCUUCGCCAAGCGGAUCAGGAGCUUGGGGACAUGGCCCAGGUCCUGGGGGUGGGCUCCAUGGGCGCCCGCGUGCGGGGGCAGUGGAGUCGCGACACGGAGGCGGCCUUCGCCGACCUGAUGCGGCAGCGGGACACACGGCUCGGACACCUGAUCAAG